CAUCUCUCUCUCAUGUCUGUGGAGACGUCUUCUGUUGCUCUAUCCAUUUCGUGCAGAUCGCUUGAUCGCUAUACAAUUCCUCCACUUCGAAUCCAACUCAUAAAGAAGUACCGUCCUGCAAAGCGGUGUCGAUUUCGAGAACCAACCGCCCAACCCCCUGCUCCACAGCGCGCGGCACAGAAGCCAAAUCCGCCCCCGAUCCCGCGACGAUCACCAGAUCGAACCCGCGCAAUGGCUUCUCCGGCAGAGGCAGCGGAGAUGGUGGCAUCCGCGGCUGCCGCGUCGGAGGCGAAGGGGAAGGAGGAGAAGGAGAAGAGGGAUGGGCCCGGGAUACUGGGGAGGAUUUGGCGGGCGCUGUUCGGCGGGCGGGGCGAGGACUACGAGAAGCGGCUGCAGAACCUGUCCAAGGAGGAGGCCGCGUUGCUCGCCCGCAUGCGCCGCCGGACGCAGUUCUCCCGCCGCGGCGUCCGCAACCUCAUCGCCCUCUCCGUCCUCGGCGAGGUUGGAGCUGUAGUUUACGCAAUCAUCAUGACAAAAUCAGAGGAUCUAGAUUGGCAGAUGAGAGCUAUUAGAGUGCUGCCUAUAUUUCUUUUGCCUGCUUUAUCCUCAAUGAUAUAUUCGAUACUCGUAAGCUUCACAAGGAUGUUGGAGCGGAAGGAUAAGGAUACACUUGAAAGAUUGAGAGCUGAGAGGAAAGCAAAGAUCGAUGAGCUAAAGGAUAGAACAAACUAUUACCUGACCCAGGAGCUUAUUCAGAAAUACGACCUUGAUCCUGCAGCAAAGGCAGCAGCAGCUUCAGUUCUGGCCUCUAAAAUGGGUGCAGAAACCGGCCUUAAGUUACAUAUGGGAGAUGAAGCAAAGUCUGGUUCAACACAAGCUAGAAGCAACGAGGUUGAGGUAGUUCCCAAAGAUGGUCUGCGAAACAGGAGGGAAACAAAGGCAAAAGGCAGCAGCUACAGCAGCACCGCAGCUGCUCAUACAGGUGGUGGCAUGGAAGCUAUGCCACCUUCAAAAGUCGUGGGGCAUUAUGAAGGCUCAGGAACAAGUGAUGGUGGCUGGAUUGCGAAGAUUGCUGCUCUGCUUGUUGGGGAGGAUCCAUCGCAGUCAUAUGCGCUGAUAUGUGGCAAUUGUCAUAUGCAUAAUGGAUUGGCCAGGAAAGAAGAUUUUCCUCAUGUAACCUACUACUGCCCGCACUGCCACGCACUCAACGUGUCCAAUCAGUCUAUAGGGCAAUGCUCAGGCCAGUUGAGCCCAGUUGCUCCUGCUGAUGGGGUUUCCACUACACAUCCUAUCACAGAGACUGAACUGAGCAGCAAAAGUGAGGUGCAAGAGCUACCAGAGGUGACAAAUGCUGGGCAGCAACCAGUGGAGCCGGCAAACUGAGGCUCAUCGCUCGCGAAAGUACGUCGCUCUGCGACACACACACACACACACAAAAGGAAUUAUGAUCGUUCCCUGCUGCGCAAACAACAAGUGCAUGAACUUGUCCUGUGAAGACAAAACACUUGUUUUAGGCGUGUGUAUAUCCUGCACCUACUUUUGUUCAGAGGGCUGUGGUGUAGCGCCCUGCGAAAUUGUAAAUGCCUACGGCAUGUGAUCGAUUGCGCUGUAAUGUGGCUGACUGGCUAGUGCGCAGUAUAGAGAACUGCUGUUUGCCGUUUCGAAUGCACGGGAAACGCCUUUACCGUGAGAUGAAGGUCGUACUCGUACAGAAUGCUGUAAGAUGAAGGUAUUUGGUUCAGCA